AUGCCUCGGGUCUGGUCCUCUUCAUUCAUUCCACUGGCAGCACCGCCAGCAGCAGCGCGUCCAGCCUUUGCACAAGAACUGAGAACAAAUCCUGCUCUGAAGCCGCCGGAUUUCUGCAGGAUGCUGAGGAGAGCGAUGCCGAACGCUCUGCGGGGCGUCGGGGUCGCCCUCACCUGCCUGCAGCUCCUGCUGCUCCUCUCCGCCGCCGAUUCCCGGCCCCACACGUGGGACCAGGACAGGUUCCAGCUGGAAACCAUCAAGAAAGGGAUCCUGGAGCGGCUGGGAAUGCCGGCUCCCCCCGUCAUCCGGCGCCAGCUGGACCAGGAGAGCAUCCAGAGAGCGCAGCAGCUCUACCAGCAGAAAGUGGCGGAACUGGCGAGGAACCGAAGCCAAGAGGAGGAGGAGGAGGAGGAAGCCGUGUCCAGGACCCGGCGGCUGCACCGCCUGACCCCCACCUUGUCGCGCUGGCUGGACAUCUCCGAGGGACAUCAGGACUCUCAAGGACACCGGGACACCCAGGGACAGCGGGAGCCCCUCGGUCCCUACCGCUACCACCUCCUGUUGUCCCGCACCGCGGAUUUCCACCGCCAGCUCCGGGUGGUGCGGGCGGAGCUGAAACUCUUCAAGCACUCGCUGUCCCUGCCCGGCUCCUCGGUGCCACCGCGGGUCACCAUUUACACCCUGCAGGGGGCUGAGGGGACCCCCCAGCUCCUGCGCAGCCAAGAACUGGACCGGGAUUUCCAGAGCCUGGAGUUGACAGAAGCCAUCCAGCCUUGGGUGGCCGGGCCCGAGGCCACGCUGAGCCUGGAGCUGGAUUUCACCACCAACGUCUCGGCUGCCCUGGCCACUUCCUGGGGGGAAACGCUGGUGCUGGAGGUGGAAACGCAGGAGAAUCCAGCUCGGGCGGCCAGGAGAGCUCGGGGGCUGGAUGAGGAGUGCGGGAAGAGCGAUGGGAAAUGCUGCUUGAAGUCGCUGAAGGUUUCCUUCCAGGACAUCGGCUGGUCCGACUGGGUGGUCGCCCCCAGCAGUUACUACAUGAGAUUCUGCGAGGGUUCCUGCCCCCACAACUACAAACCAGCCAGCAUGCACGCCCAGAUCAAAUCCCGAGUGCAUUCCCUGUCCAAGGCUGCCCCUCCACCCUGCUGUGUCCCCGCUGACUACGACCCCAUGGUGCUGAUGCACCUGGACAGCGAGGGCAGGCUGGUGUCCAGCCUCUUCGAGGACAUGCUGGUCACCAGGUGCCACUGUGCCUGAUGGCAGCGCUGGCAGCACCAGCCUGGAUGUGUCACCAUCCAGGUGGGGCAAAGCCAUCCCCACACCUGGCAGCUCCAGCAUCUCAAAAUCCAAAUCCCGUGGCACCAAGUGACUGCACACCAGCCCUGGAUUCACCACUGAGCUCAGCCACGGAGUCUCCAGCAUCAGCAUCCCAAAAUCCAGAUCCUGUGGCACCGAGUGACUCCACACCAGCCCUGGAUUCACUACUGAGCUCAGCCACGGAGUCUCCAGCAUCAGCAUCCCAAAAUCCAGAUCCUGUGGCACCGAGUGACUCCACACCAGCCCUGGAUUCACCAUUGAGUUCAGCCA